AAACCCAGCGGGCAGCGAGCAGAGCGGGCCGGGCGCCUGGGGCUGCCGGGCGGGGGCUCAGGGCAGCGGCGGCCGCCAUCGCCAGAGGGAGCCCCGAGCGGGCGGCGGCGCUGCCUCCGGGACCCCCGGGGGGCACAGGGCCCCGCUCCGCCUCCCCUCACCCCCGCCGCCCCCCUCCUCCCCUUCCUCGCCCCCCCGGCUUCCCACCACGGCCGCUCUCGGCGAGGAAACUCUGGCCUCCGCUUCCUCCUCCUCCGACUCGGACACCGGCGGAGCCUCCCCGCCCCCGCGGAAGAAAGCCCGGGCCUCCCCGGCGGCGGCGGUGGAGGGAGCAGGAGAGCCCGGGGCUUCCGCGGGCAGAGCAGGCCUCACCUCGUCCCAGUCCCCCUCGCUCCCCGCCGGGCUCGCCCCCGCCGCCGCCCCGCUCAGAGGCAGCAGCAGCAGCAGCAGCGGCGGCAGCGCCAUGCAGGCCAACGGGGCAGGAGGGGGCCAGCAGCAGCAGCAGCAACCGCCGCCGCAGGGGCCGGCGGGCCCGGAGCUGGGCUGCCUGGGUGCCCAGAACGGCGAGGCCUCAGCGGGCACGGCCGCCGGCGACCAGCUGGCCCACGCCAACGGGCUGCUGCCCUCGGCCAACAGCGGCGGCGGCAGCCCCGGCGGCCUCAGCGUCAACAACGGGGUGUCCGCCGCCGGGGGGCCUGGCCCGGCCGCCGCGGAGCUGGGGGGCGGCAGCGGCGGCGGUGGUAGCGCCCUGAAGAAGAAGAAGCGGCUCUCGCAGUCCGACGAGGACGUGAUCCGGCUGAUCGGGCAGCACCUCCACGGCCUGGGCCUCAACCAGACUGUUGAUCUCCUCAUGCAAGAGUCAGGAUGUCGUUUAGAACAUCCUUCUGCUACCAAAUUCCGCAAUCAUGUCAUGGAAGGAGAAUGGGAUAAGGCUGAGAACGACCUGAAUGAACUUAAGGCCUUAGUGCAUUCUCCGCAUGCAAUUGUGAGGAUGAAGUUUUUGCUGCUGCAGCAGAAGUACCUGGAAUACCUGGAGGAUGGCAAGGUCCUGGAGGCACUUCAAGUUCUACGCUGUGAACUGACACCUCUGAAAUAUAAUACAGAACGCAUUCAUGUCCUCAGUGGGUAUCUGAUGUGUAGCCAUGCAGAAGACUUGCGUGCAAAAGCAGAGUGGGAAGGGAAAGGAACAGCUUCCAGAUCUAAACUUUUGGACAAACUCCAGACUUACCUACCCCCAUCAGUGAUGCUUCCUCCAAGGCGUUUACAGAACCUGCUACGUCAGGCUGUGGAACUACAACGGGACCGGUGCCUAUAUCAUAAUACCAAACUAGAUAGUAACCUAGAUUCUGUCUCGCUGCUAAUAGAUCAUGUUUGUAGUAGGGGUCUGAGAUCAGUAUGUGGUGCGCUGUACGUGCUGCCAUGCUUGGGCAUAAUGAGGAAACAGUUCCCAUGUUACACACAGCAGAUACUAACGGAGCACUGUAAUGAAGUGUGGUUCUGUAAAUUCUCCAAUGAUGGCACUAAACUAGCAACAGGAUCUAAGGACACAACUGUUAUUAUAUGGCAGGUUGAUCCAGAUACUCACCAGCUAAAACUACUUAAGACAUUAGAAGGUCAUGCGUAUGGUGUCUCCUAUAUUGCUUGGAGUCCCGAUGACAACUAUCUUGUUGCCUGUGGCCCAGAUGAUUGUUCUGAGCUUUGGCUCUGGAAUGUACAAACGGGGGAGCUGAGGACAAAGAUGAGCCAAUCUCAUGAAGACAGUUUAACAAGUGUGGCCUGGAAUCCUGAUGGGAAGCGUUUUGUAACGGGAGGUCAGCGUGGACAGUUCUAUCAGUGUGAUUUAGAUGGUAAUCUCCUUGACUCCUGGGAAGGGGUGAGAGUACAAUGCCUUUGGUGCUUGAGUGAUGGGAAAACUGUUCUAGCAUCGGACACACACCAGCGAAUUCGGGGUUAUAACUUUGAGGAUCUUACAGACAGGAACAUAGUACAAGAAGAUCACCCUAUUAUGUCGUUUACUAUUUCAAAAAAUGGCCGUUUAGCUUUGUUAAAUGUAGCAACUCAGGGAGUUCACUUAUGGGACUUACAAGACAGAGUUUUAGUGAGAAAGUAUCAAGGUGUUACACAAGGAUUUUACACAAUUCACUCAUGUUUUGGAGGCCAUAAUGAAGAUUUCAUCGCAAGUGGCAGUGAAGAUCACAAAGUAUAUAUUUGGCACAAGCGUAGCGAGCUGCCAAUUGCGGAGCUGACAGGGCACACACGUACUGUUAAUUGUGUGAGCUGGAACCCGCAGAUUCCAUCCAUGAUGGCCAGCGCCUCUGAUGAUGGCACUGUUAGAAUAUGGGGACCAGCACCUUUUGUAGACAACCAGGAUAUUGAAGAGGAAUGCAGUAGCAUGGAUAGUUGAUGGCGAAUUUGGAGCAGACGACUUCAGUUUAACUUAAUUAGUCGUAUUUUAAAUGGCUUGGGAUUUGGUGCAAACAAACAUGAUUGAUAGCUGGACAGACAUGCUCGUCAUGAAAAAGAACCAUUUCUGAAGCCCAGUUGGGGCCAAACAUUUACCACCUUGCUUCAUAGUAACCAGUCAAGAUGAAGCACGUCGUUAGAACGUUGUUGGACACCGUGUUGAAAUUACCCCCCCCAUCGGUUGUGAAGAACUGUGCUACAUUCAGGCUAACCAUUGAACUCAGUAUAUAUAUUUUUCCCUCCUGCCUUUUUGUCUGGCAGGCUACUGUUCUUGUUGCUCUUCUGUGUAAUGAAGUUUAAAUGCUUGUUUGGAACACUUUAUUUAACAGUUUAGAAGGCUUGAUAGAAAGAGUGCUUUAGUCUGAAGAGUAUACAUUGGAUAGGAAAGUAUUUCCUUCUCUUGUUUCUCAAGUCUCUCUGCCUUACUUAGCUUGAGAUCUUUGCAGCUUGGUUCAUGGAUUCUAGCCUUGCCCGUUGCGCAGUAUAUAUAUCAAUUGAGAUGAUAAACCAAUGAACUAUGUCAAAAGCACUCUCAGUAUCACAUUUGACAAAAAGUUUUGUACUUUUCACAUAGCUCGUUGCCCUGCAAAGGGGUUAACAGCACAAUUUUUUAAAAAUAAAUUAUUUAUAGGAUUAAAAUGACUUCAUUUGUAUACAUUUGGAAUUAAAACAAUACAAGAAGUGUUGUGAAACACGGUAUCACUGAUGCUUUUCCGGAGUGUCUGGAGACCCAAUCAAAGGCAGUGUCUGGAAGGAGCUUUAUGUAGGCAGUGAAGCUUGUUUUAGAAGGAGAAACUCACUGUCCAUCUUCACAGAUAUUUUGGGGGGGUGGGGAAGCAUUCGGAGUGUACCACCAGACUAAGAGUUUAAACAAGACAGUCUUUUGGUUUUUUUGAUUACAUAAAUUUAUGCAACAAUGCUCAUAAAAGGUAGACUACACCUCGAGGGGAGAAUGUGUUGAAUCCUUUCUUCACAAAGUCAACAUUUUGUAAAAGUAAUUAACAUACAAAUCAUAAUUAAACGCUUAUGAUGGAAAUUUUUCUUUGUUUGAUCAACAAAGGUGUAUAGAUUUUCUUUUUGAGACUAUACUUUAACUUUGCAGAUUUAAAUGCCUUUCCCAGACCUUGUUGCAAGCUGGUGCUGUGAACAUCUUGACACAUCUAGCGAUAGUUCCACUAAUAUCCCGCGUUAAGAAAAGAGGAAGACAUAAUUUAAGUAUUCAUUCUUUUUGACGUAAACAGAUGGCCUGUGCUUCUGCACUACACACAAAUUUGUUAUGGGAUGGCACUGGAUUCCCUUUUGCCACCCUGGGUGGAAAGCAGGGAAAGGCAUGCCACCAACAAUUGGUGUGAACAGAAGUGUGGACUUCAUCCUUUAAUGAGAGAAUAAUCUAGUGUCCUGAUUAGUCAUGUGUGGAAGAAGGGUGGGGGAAGGUUUGCUGGAAUUCUGGGAAGAGAUGUGUAGCCACUUUGAGUGGGAAUGUGGUGUUUUACAUAAGCAGUCCCUUUUUUCUUUCCCAGAAAAACAAAGCAAAGCUUAGCAGGUUAGAUUUCUUUUUUUUUCUUCUAAGAUUGUAGCCAUCAGGUGGUGGUGGUUUUUUCUUGCCUUGCGUGCAAACUGAAAUCAUGUUUAAGAUGCUGGUAGUUUGGUUGAAACCAGCCCUGAAUCUGACAUACUCCUCUUAGUACCUCCAAAAUGAAGUAGGAACUUAAUGUUCUUAUCUUCCAUCUAGUACAUUUGUCUCAAAAUUAAGGUGAAUUUCUUCAAUAGCAGUUACUGUUCCACAGUACUGGGAAUACAUGUGUAAACUUAAGACUACAACUCAGUCGUCCUUCCAUUAGCUAGUUCUAGAGGAAGCUGUUUGUUUCUUUUCCUAGUUAAGACAGUGAGUCAGUCUUGUUCCUGUGGCAUCAGUGAUGCAGGGAAACAGAAAACUUCCUAAGGUCAAAUUUGAGUAAGCUAAACCUUUGGGUUCUAAAUAAAAAUUGAAUAGCUAAAUUGUAAACAGUGUUUUAUAUGUUCAAAACAUGGUAUAAUUCAUAACCAAUGCCAGUAUGUGAAUCUUGGGAAGUUACCCUAGUAUUGUCUUACUCUGGAACUUCUGUUUCAAACAAAACAUUAUUUAGCAAGAGUAAGGAGAAUAAUCCUGGUUUUGAUGCUUCAUACAAUGGUCUGGCACUACUUGCUUACCUCAUACUCAUGGGACUUCAAUGGGGACUUGAGGCAGGGGCUGAAGGCUGGAUCAAAUCUCAAGUUUAGAUUUAAAGUCUCAUAUGCACUUCAACAGGCACUUUUAAUGUGGAGGCCACAGCUAAACAAAGUGAGACUCCUUACCUGAUACAAGCUGUGUGGGGGCGUGUGUGGGCUGAUGCCUACUUUCCACUGCAGUGCAUUGUAAUGAAAAAUUUAAACUUAGUACUUUUGCAAAAACACUGCCCCUGUGUUCUGGGGUUUCUCUUCUGGACUUGGUUUGUACCUCUAAAAUACACUUUGGGUAUUUAGAAGCAGAGCUAGGGUGAAGGGCAUGUUCCAGUAUCUCUAGUUUUGUGGUGCAGCUAUGCAACAUAAAGGAAAGCUCUGUAUAGAUGGCACCGUUUCCCGAGUGUCUCAAUAACAAUACGUUGUGCAGCUGUCUGCUUCUCGCAGGUGAAGAGCAGAGAUGAGAGAACGGUGAGCGUAAUCUUCACUUUGCCACACUACUUGGUCCCACAGUACACUGACAUCAUAGAUCUAGUGGCAACAACUACCACUCCCAACGUGUAGAUUAAAGAGGAACCUAAACUAUUUCUAACAUGUCACGUAUUCAUGAUAUGUGAAUUGAAAAGUACCAAUACUUUUUGUGCACAGACUAUAAAAUGAGACUGGAUGGGGUGGAACAAAUAAGUUUGCUCAUUUGCAACAUGUUGAUUUCCAUGUGCUUAAAAAUGUUCAUAGGCUGGACUCUAAGGCUGGAAUGAGUACACACCUGCAAUAAAUUACUCUAUUUCUAGCUAACAGACCCAUGGUGUUAGAAAGUACUGUAAGCGUGUACGCCUUUUGUAUCUUUCUCUGGUCAGCUGUAGGCUUAAAAUAUUCACAGUAGCCCCAGGUUAUUGUCAAGGAGGAUUAAAAAAAAAAAACCAUGCUGAAGCAUUUUAUUAUCUGAAUGUUCUUUAGCUGUUCAGGUAAGUAAUAUUCAAGGCACAAUGGAGCACAAAAGGGAAAAUGCUAGAUCUGUCCUUGUUUUGGAGGGGAGGGGAGUGGGGGGAAAUGACACCUCUGUUUUUAAAUUCCCUCUGUCUUUUCUAAAAUUUUCCUAAAGUUAACUUCUUUUUAUGAUUAGAGCAAAGGUGCAAGCUAGAAAUCUAUCCAGAUCUUGCCAGUUACUUCUCAACUUGGCUUCAAACAGGUAAUGUUUAAUAAAACUCAGUAUGUUCUUGGGAGUUUGUGUCUAGUUGUAUAUCUUUACACUGCUAAGUUGUACUCCCACCCAAAAUCAGUUUCGAAGGCUUCCUUAGCAGGAAACCAGGACUCGUACAAUUAGCCGUAGCUUGAGAGGAGCUGUUGCAGACCCAAACGGGGAGGGAGGUAGGGAAAGAGGAACGGACAUAAAAAGCAGGAUUUACUGACCAAUAGAUGAACUACUGUAACUGAAGGGGGAGGAGGAAAAAUGCACUUUCAAUAGUUUGUCCAUGUUUUUAGCUGCAAAAUACAUUCAUAUCUAAUUUUUUUUUUGAGAUGACUAUUAACCCAUCCCAUAAAUGGCUAAUCCUCCUUUUGACCUCCGGUCUUUUUCACAUUGGCUUGACUCCAUUUUCAGCUCCCAUACUUAAUUCUGAAAACUGCUACAUUUAACAAUGUUUAGAAAGAAAAAAAUGCAUUAACUCUGAUACUUUUUUAAACAGGGUGGACUUAAUUGAAGUGUGCAGUGUUGAACUACUGCUGCAGUAGCUGCCUCUAGUUGUUGAAAUAAACUGUAGACAAGUUUUCUGUCUAUUAAUCCAGAUAAUCUGGAUUCAAUAAAACGUCUGUGAGAGUGUUCCUCCCAUCUGGUAUGAAUGUGCGUGUGCGUGUGUCCCAUAAGCAGACAGAGAACCAAAUGUUCUAGGUACUUGUCAUGUUUUAUUGCAUACUUUGUCGUGUGUAUGUGAAGUGUCCUUUGACCAGAAGGUUUUGGUUAAUAUAUUUUUAUAAAUUUGAAAUUCAUUGUGCCCCAUCUUUUUUUUUCUUAAACAUUUUUCAUUCUUAGGGUAUAUGUGCUAGAUUUGAAUCUUAACAUUUUUAGGCACAGAUGGAAAAAGUUAUUGGCUCCUUGAAAACACAUGGGACAAAAUGGAUCCUCAAAGCAUGUAUGUACUUACAAACCAAGCUGUAGAGAUCAAGAAAAGAACUUUAUUGUUGAUCUCAAGAUUUCUAAAUUGUCAAGAUUUAUAUGGAGUUGUGGUGGAACUAGUUAACACUUAGAGCUUUUGGUAUGUAAUGACUAUUUGCUAUGGACUGAUAUUAAAUGUUUCAAAGGAUUGCGUUCUUAAACUUUCUGGAUUUUUGUUACUCUCCUCGGAUUAUAUUAAGUAGUUAAAAAUUUCUUUGCUAUAUUACAUUAAAAACAUAAGAACUUUGGGUCUCGUAUUUAUUUUCACUUGUUUUACUAAUUAUUUACAGAACACCGUUUUAACUUUUUUAUUUUAUAAAUGUGUAGUAUUUUAAACAUAUCUUUAAAAAUUGUUCAAUUGGAACUACAUUAACUUCUGAUUUGUUUUUAUUAGGAUUUUUAAAAAAAAAAAAUACACUUUUUCCAUGUUGGUGCACAGCACUUAACAGAAAUGUUUGUAUUCCCUUUCUUUCAAUUCAAUAAACAGAAUAAAUAACUGGAA